AUGGAAACCUACCACGGCCACGUACGCACGCCCAAUGACGCCAUCAUACUGUUCGAGGCCUGCCGCAUCGGUAUAUUGCCCCGAGUGCAGCGUCGCCUCUCGGAAAAGGAGCGCCAGCAAAUCAAGUCCGGCUCGGUGUUUGUCUGGGAUGAGCGCGAGGCGGGCAUGCGGCGGUGGACAGACGGCAAGUCGUGGAGUGCGAGUCGCGUCUCGGGCAGCUUCCUCACCUACCGAGAGAUGGAAGGCAAGCGCGGCGGCAGCGCAGUGCCCACGGCGCCCGUCGCAAAGAGGGCGAGUGGAAAGUCGCCUGAUGGCUCAUCCAACGGUGAUUCGGAAGGCGAGGGGCCCGAUGGCUAUCGCUACAAACCCGACGGUCUGAUGAAGCAGUCUUUCAGCAUCACCACGUCCAGCGGCCAGCACCUCCACCUCAUCAGCUACUACUCGCGCUCGAAUUCAAACAACCUCACUCAGCCGACCAACGACGCCCAACUGCGACACAUUCGCCCCCCAAAGAACAUGUACCCAGAGUCAACCGUCAACGAAGCCCAGGCGGUCACGGCCGUCACUCGUGGGCCCAUGCCUGGCUCACCAUACAGCGCAGCAGCCCAUAGCAUGGGCCCAGCGUCACCAUACACACGCGCUGGCCCCGUUGCGCCCAUGUACGCCGUGCCCGUAUAUCCACCCACACCGCCAAACGGCACGCCUCCUAUGCAUUACUAUGCCCAACACCCGUACUUCUACCCAGGUGUCAUCUACGCUCAGCCACCCUACCAUGCACAGCCGGGCCACGUUUUUGACCGCGCCCCUCCCCAAAUGCACCAUGCCCAUGCGCCACCUGGUCACCACCCCAUGCUCAUGCAGCACCCUGCCUACGCGCACGCUGCGCACGCCGCCCAGCAGUACAUGGCUGCUACCCCUCCAGCACGCACACCGUCUACCACUGAACAAGGACACCACCCACAUACUGCUACUGUCGCGCCUCCAGCGCCCGUUGCCUCCCUCCCCGAGCAAGGGCCCCAACUGCCGGCCAUCAAUGGCAUCGCGCCUCUGACUGGAGCCGGUGCCAACAACGCGAACAAGCCACCGACUCCUGAGCCUUCCGAGAAGACACCCUCUCAAGCGCCCGAGUCCAACCCGCCCGUAAUCUCGCGCCCUCUUCCCACCCUGGGCUCGCUGCUCAACUGCGAUGGGCCAGACAAGGAGCCACAAUGCAACACCAGCCGUUCUGGUAGCCGAAGCCCAAACACGGCAUCUAGAUUCCCUCGCGAUCUCGCACCAGAGAGACUUGCGAAGAACAGCUCUGCGGCAGACAGUAGUGCAUUGAACAAGCUGAACAGUGUAUUUGUCCGAUCAUAG